CUCGGGUGCCCAAAAUACAGAAAAAAAAGAAAACAUAAUGCAGAUCUCUCUCACGCUUCUCUUACUACUGCUACAGCAGAAGAUUUAGUACAACUUCUCCGCUCGUACUAGCUUUGACGGCGUCGUCAACUUUGCACCAAGUCGAGAUAUACUGCAACAACUCUUCGUCAACGGCCUUUUAGGAUGACACCCACUCUCGUGUGGCUUUUACUUAGUUUGCUUUCGCCAAGCAGCCUUGCUCAGAGCGAUGAUGGCAUGGCAGAAGUUAUAACUCACCUAAGGACAUUAACAGAAAUGAUUUCUGGACAGAAAACGGAGCUUAUCUCGAAGUUCGAAGAAAUUAAAGAAGAGGUCAAACAGGAAGUAACAGGAAUGAUAAACGCAACCAGGAAUGAUCUGCACACCGUCAACAACGAUCUGGCAACAAUGCAACGUCUGCUAGACUUAGACGAGUGCAUCGAUCUGACCCACAACUGUAGCGCUGACGCGACUUGCACUGAUACCAGGAUUUCCUUCCGGUGCACCUGUAAACCUGGGUUCCAGGGAGAUGGAUACACCUGUUCAGAUGUUGACGAGUGUGAAGAAGAUGUUUGUGGCUCAAAUGCCUCCUGUAACAAUUUGAUUGGUGACUACAGUUGCGAUUGCUACGAUGGAUUUAGAAAGACAGACAAUGGGACUUGUGAAGACAUAGACGAAUGUUCCAGUGAGGGCUACAGAUGUCACAAGUAUGCCGUGUGUGAAAACACCCAGGGGAAUUACACCUGUUCCUGUGCCUAUUUCAGCGAAGGAGAUGGUUCUGACUGUACAGCUAAAGACGAUUUGAAGUGCACGGAACCAUUUGUGGCUGUCAGGGGAAUCGGCUGCAUUUACAUCCUCGAAGACGAACAGGAUUUCAACGAGAGCCGUGACGCCUGUAGGGGACAUGGCGGUGAUCUUUUCGUGGCCAUCAACCCUAAACACUAUUUUCGUUUGGCGCAGCAUUUCCUCGAUACGGACCAAGCAGACAGUAAUAAGUACAUGUGGGUAGGCGUCAGGGAAGGCGUAUGGUUGAGCGGCAGAAAAGUAGACCCAAGUGAAGAGGCUGAAGGGAACCCGGAUAUGAAUGGCGGGACUUGUAGCUACACGGACGGUGACGCUCGGGAGGGAUUCCUCCUGUGGACCCAUCCCUGCUACUACGACUGGAAAGCCGUGUGCGAGCAGAAAGUCACGGCGUAAAGCGCUGAUUACAGUCGCAGAAAGUCCUGGGAUGAAAGGCUGACUUCAGCUUCAGAAAGUCCUGGGGUCAGGGGGUGACAGCUGUUGCAUAAUGCUCUCAUAUCCUCUUAGUUUUGAAUUUCAGUGAUGUCACCAAAAGUCAGUCAAAUCGUUUGACAACCUUUCUCAAAGCUGAAAGACUAAAUCUGAUGUAAUUUAGUAUUUUUCAUCUGUUCUACUUGAGGACAAAAUAAAACUAACUUACAAUA